UGCACGCCGAUUUCCGCUUGCGUUUCACAUUUCUGUGCUGCAACACUUUCAGUACAUGUAGAGGUUAUGUUUCGUGGAUUUUUUAAUUACUGUAAGGAUUUUUCUCGCUUUUGCAAAGACCGAUUUUGUGCGUGAGUGUGUGUGCGUGAUCGCUAUUAAAAAGAGUGUGGACUUAUAAAUUGGAUUGUUUAUUGUGGCCUCUUUUUUUAGUUGGAUUUAGGUGACUUAGGAACAGAUUUUUCGGACAUGUCCUUCAAACACUGACCGUCUCACUUCACAAGAUGUUCGACCAACUGAUAACGAGGAUAACGAGUCCUUCGACACGUAGAAGGCACACCUAUCAUUGCCCCGAGGUCCAUUCCGAUCCGGAGGACAAUGAACAGAUCACGCCCAGAAAACCGCGUCUCCUCGAACGCAGGAAGAAGGGACGAAGGGUCCUGGAAACUGGACUUAGACAGGCCAGGAGUUUGGGCCGGCUCGACGGAUUGAAGGAGGCCGAACGAUUGGCGGACUAUGGAAGAUUGUGCGGCUCGCAGCCCGCUCUGGACGGCAGGAGACGGGACCUUGACCGGAUACAGGAUUUGUUCCCGAACGAUUUUCUCGGCUUGCACAUUCCGGAACCCAACUCUUCCUACAAUGUGAAGAACAAGUCGUUCCGGAAAAAAUCCCUGGGUGACCUAACAUCAAUAGACAACAAUAAUUCGGGACCAUGUAACAGAAUAUUCUUAGUGGAAGCCCCAUGUGCCAUGUCACCGCCGACCAUGACCCUCAACGCCAAGCCGCGGCAUCUGUUCCUCUUCUCGGACCUGCUGUUAGUCGCCAAGCCCACCCGAUCUGCCGGCACGUUCAAACUCAAAGAAAGUGUCCGGGUGUCCGAGUUGUGGUUGGCACCCUGUACGGAAUCGGACACGGGAUUCUUGUUGGGGUGGCCCAGCCCAGCCCGAACUUACCUUGUGACGUUCUGCACGCAAGCGGCCAGAGACUCGUGGUGGCGAGAACUGAAACAGGCACUUCAAAACCAACUGAGACUUGAGCCUCCGACCACUAACAUCAAAGUUGUGUACAGAGAUCCACUCAGCGGAACAGAAUGCUCGAAAACUUUAGGAGUGGGUCCAGAAAUGUCUUCAGGAGAUGUGGCUAGGUUAGCCUUAGACGAAUCCAGAACUGGUGACUGGGCUUACACGUUGUACGCUAGAGACAGGGAUAACGCACCGUGUCCAUUGAUAGGUUGCGAAAGACCUCAUUCUAUACAACUUGCCAGGCUCCGACAAUCGUUGUGCGCCGAAGAAGGCUUCGAUCUAACACACUGCAACAGUAGCAGGAUACCUUGCGACAUAGUUUUCGAGCUGAAACCCAACAUCAAGCCUUCGCCCCGUAAAACACCCUUGAAGCUAUUUAGAAGAACAAGUUGCAGAUUCUUUGGUGUUCCUCUGGCAAGAUUAUGCCAUAACAACAGCCUUCCCCCCGUAAUUCUGUCGUGUCUAAGGUCGUUGUUCCAAAGGGGGCCGCACACUCAAGGCAUCUUCAGACGUUGUGCUUCUGCCAGAGCUCUAAGAGAAUUGCGCGAGAAAAUUGACACUCAAGGAUCGGUAAUGUGUGAAGAAGUCUCCAAUCAACCGGCUUUGCUUUUGGCAGCUCUUCUCAAAGAUUUUCUCAGAAGUUUGCCUGAACCUUUGUUGACUGGUAAUGUGCAGGAAUGGUUGAACGUUGCCGCCAGUGGAAGGUUGGAACACUUAAGAAGAUUGGUUACGUCGUUACCAAGAGAGAACCAUUUACUUUUGGCUAAUGUUAUUUGUGUUCUUCAUAAUAUUGCCAAGAGGUCACGAUACAACUUAAUGAAUGCCGCCAAUUUAGGAGUUUGUGUUGGGCCAAGUCUUUUAUGGGAGUCCUCACAAAAUGCACCCUUGAGGACGUUGCCGACUUUAGUGGAAAUGCUUAUUAAUAAUUGUCAAACCUUAUUUGGCACUCAAGUCUUGUCUUUGCUAGGAGAAGUGGCCAGCGACAGCGGAGCCGAAGAAUCUGACAGUUUACACUCACUGGGACUAUCGUUGGAUAGUGUCGAGCUGAGUAAAGACCAGAAAUCUCUCUCCAGAGACUCAGGCUUGACCUUGUCAGAGGACGACCGCGAAUCUCCGAGCCUAAACUACCAAACGCCCUCUUUCCACCGAUCAGAUUGGGCACGGCAGGCUGCCAGAAUGCGGUCGCUGGACAACACGUGGAUCGAAGAAGAUGAAGCAUUCUGCGCCUCGAACGAGAACCUGUGUUCACCUCCAAUACCCCCGAGACGACCACCGCCGCUCAGACAUCUGCCGCCCGUGCACCUGCCGCCAUUGUACAGACCGCCACCACCGCCACCGCCGACAUACGCAACCGCUAGGCUGCUUCUGGUGACAGACGCAGAAAGCGAGAGCUAUGUGUAAAUUUCUCGGGCGCCUCGCGGCGAUUGCGGAGCAAUGUCUCGCCCUUGGACUUAAAUUCGAUAGUACAAAAAUUGUAGUUUAGCACGCCGAUGAAUCGAAGAUUUUUUGCGAAGUGUUUGGUACUUAUUCCAAGUAAAUAAGAUUUACUUAAAUGCUUUAAAUUCAUUUUAGUUGAAUAUUUUGAUCGAUUGUUACGUAUUCAGUUGAAAGUCUGAUUUUUGUAUAUAAUUUAGAGAUUAAGGGUUAUUGUCAAUUCGACGAAUUGUUGUAUAUUUAAUUCCAGUUUUCUUGGAAGUAUUUGUAAAUUUUUUUGUAUUUUUUGUAUAAAUAACCAAGUGCUGACACAGUUUAUUUGUGUUGCGACACAAUGAAUCAAAUUUAUAUUGUAAGUUUUGCCAUUUUCUAUUAUUACAAAUAACAAUUUAGAUUUAAGUAACGUAUAAAACAGAUUUAUAUGAAAUAAAAUUUAUAUGGGUAAUUUUUUGUACAUAAAUUUUCUAAAAUAUUAAAA